GGGAGCAUCCCUUUGAGCGAACGGCUGCUCGUAUCUUGUAACUUUGUGCUGUGACUAAUAGAAGAGCUACUAACUAAUACUACUGCUAUAUAGAAGGAACCGUUGCGAAUGAUUAAAGCUUAGUUUCGUUCCAGAAGUGGCACUGAGCACAACUUUUUUAUAUGUGCAUUACCGAUUGAUUCGUGGACCUCUCACAAAAACGUGCGGAAAAAAACAAGUGAUUCAGUAGUGGCUCCAGCAAGUAGAACGAGCAAGACUCCCAUUGAUAAGCUGCUGAUUGGAAGCACAAAAAACCGGAGCACAGGAAUCUAUAUCUGUGAAGUGAAAGAGAAAGCUAGAAAGUGGUGAAAAACAUUACUGAUAAGCAAAUUGAAUCCAGCAUAUUUUGAAAACUUUGCUGAAAAUUCUUAAAAAAAAAUAAAAACAAAUUUACCUGACAGCCGGCAGCCAGUCAGGAUAUCGGAAGUUUAUUGUAGCGGCUCGUUACCAUAAACAGUAAGGAGUUCCGACGAUGCUUUCGGAGGUGGACGAGCUGCCCUCGGUCCAGCUGGGCGACUAUGUGCUGCGCUUCGAGCUGGAAGAUUUGACGCCCUUCGGCAGGAAGGUCGCCCAGGAAGAACUUCGCGAGACGCCGGAGAUCAAGGCCCAGGCCGUCGAGGAGUUGCGGGAAAUGUUGAAGGCACAAGACGAGCUGGUGGUGCCAUCCGAUAAUGAAGCCUGGUUGGUCCGUUUUUUGCGACCCUGCAAAUUCUACCCGAAAAGUGCUUAUGAGCUGAUCCAGCGAUACUAUCAGUUCAAGGUCAAACACGCCGAUAUGUAUAUGGAUUUGAGCCCGUCACGCGAGACCAACAUCUUCAAGCAGAACAUUUUGGCCGUAUUUCCCAACCGGGACCAGUUGGGACGCCGAAUCUUGCUGAUCGAGUUGGGCAAACGCUGGAAGCACAAGGAAGUCACCCUGGACGAGGUGUUCAAGGGUUGCGUUCUGUUCCUGGAGGCCGCCAUGUUGGAACCGGAAACGCAAGUUCACGGAGCCGUCGUUAUCUUCGACAUGGAUGGCCUAUCGUUGCAGCAAGCUUGGCAGUUUACACCACCCUUUGCCAUGCGCAUUGUAGACUGGCUGCAAGACGCCAUGCCGCUGCGUAUCAAAGGCAUUGAAAUCGUGAAUCAGCCUAAGAUCUUCAACAUGGUGUUUGCUCUGUUCAAGCCUUUCCUGCGUGACAAGCUGCGUGGGCGAAUCGUGUUCCAUGGAACGGAUCGCGAAUCGCUCUACAAGCACAUCUCCCAGGAAUGUUUGCCACCUUGCUACGGAGGCACUGUCGACGCUCCCAGAGUUCAGGGCGAACAGUGGUACGAACUGUUGAUCAAGUGCGAUAACGAGUACAUCGCUAUCAACCAGUACGGCAACGUUAAGGCAAUGGAGGAAAUCCGAAAUAAGAAGAACAAAAAGAAGUAAACCUGUGUCUGUGCCAUAGGCCGAUGGGACCAAAGGAUACCCGGAACGAUAAUGUGAUGCUUGUACCAGACUAAGAAUGAAUCCAAGACUAAAGCCAUUAGUUCUCUUAUUACGUAUUUAUGAACAACAACAAACAAAAAAAAGAGAAAAAAAAACAAAACAAUCUGAGCUCAAACAUUCCUAUUUUAAAGUGUUUUAAUUUAUGUUCACCUACUCGAAUGUAUUUAGCGUUUAAAUUGAACACCGCUCACCAACAUAUUUUUGGGAGCAAAAGUGGUGCAAGAGCAUAAUUUUUGUUAAGGUUAGGUUAUGUGUACAGUUUAUAUUUGGUGGUUACUAAGUUAUGAGCAAUUUUACACGAACAAGUAAGUCUACGACCCCGAUGAGCAUAUAAAAUAGAGAGAAAGUGAAAAACAAUCUCAUGACGUACUUUUUAAGUUUAGAACAUUACAGUGUACUGUAAAUAGAUUGUUGUGUUAACAUCAAUAAAUUGUUUAAAUCCGAA